UUCCUGGAACAAACAAAACAAAUGACAGCUGACCAACAGACAGGGCUACCGCCUCAUGUCACUCGCCUCGAUGUGUUGAAAUCUUGUUUUGACAAUGUGAGCAACAAUACGGAAAACGCAGAGCCGCUGACGGAUAAAUUACUAAAGAGAAAGACAGCGUAAUACGACAACAGCUAAGCGCUAGCUUAGCCUCCCUAGAGCGUUUUUAGCUGUAGAGUUUCAUCAACAGGGACUGGUUUCGUUUUUCUAGAAAUGUAUUCUCUGGAUAUUAUGUUUACGCUAAGAUACAUGCUAGUCGUUGCCUUACUGUCCUCGGUCGGCGAGUUUUCUCCACAGGCCCUACGAGAGUGUUUUGUUUACAACGAGUGAAAGUAUUUAUCUUGACAGCACAGCCAGCCCCUAGCUGCUUAUCGCUGUAAAGACUUCGCUAGCUAGUCCAGCUAGUGGUGUUUGUUUGCUUGUGUGUGUGUACAGUACACAUAUGAAGACUGUUCGUUUCCAGUCGAUCGUUUCCACCAGGAGACACCUCGGUCAGCUGUAUGUCAGUGUGAAGUGAGUGAAAAAGGCUGAGGUGAGCAGUCACUGAAGAUGGAAGCUGUGAGACCAAAGAAGACCAAGGCAAAGACCAGCGGAAAGUCACAGCUGGUCAUAAAGAAAAAGCAGGCAGAGGAAAAAAAACGAGCUGCAGCCCCCUCUGAGGUCUGCGAUGAGGCCUCCACCUCUGGCUUCAUUGACAUCCCCCUCAGUCUGCCGUAUCAGGAGCCAGAGGAGGAGCAACAGGACCCUGUUCAGCCCCCUGAGACCACAGCACAGCCUUCAGAUCUGCCCCCUGAGAAACAAAAGACCUCUUCAUCACAGACUUUAUCCACAUCCGUGCUAACUAAGGAUUUACAGUCAACUCUCAGUUUGUCACCAGAGACAUCACAGGACACAGAGCAUCUGACAGAGUCAAGUAAGGAGAUAGAGGAAGAUGAUGACACAGUGGCAGCUCAGAAGGCUGAGCUUCAAGCUGCACCACACACCACUGAGUUGGAAAAAGACACACAAUCAUGGAAUCAGCCUUGUGUUUCAAGUCAGUUUGAGAUCCCAAAUGCCGCGAGUGCCCCUGCACUCUACCCAUCUCUCCCUGCGCUGGAGGAGGGUCCUGUGAUACAGCUCCAUGAGCAAGCUGUGAAAAAUAGUGCAAAAGGACCUGCUGUGUUGGCGCUCCCUGAGCAGGAAUCCUCUCCUCCGAGUUUGCAGCCUCUGGAUUCUGUAGCUGAAUUUUCCAGGAGCAAACUCUACCCAGAGUUACCCAAGACAGCUCCAGAGAUUCAGCCAUUCUCACUGGAGCAGCUAAGCGUCUGGGAGCCAGGGGGGGGGUUGCGAACGUGGUUAGAAGGUGUUGAAGUGUGCGCGGCCCAGUUCUGCGCUCUGGCCCGGCAGGAGAACCACGAACUGACUGAACUGCUGCAGAAUUACUGGCGCUGCCGCAGACAGCUGACCCAGUCGCACACGCAGCUACACACACAGUCCUCGGACUGCAAGAGCACACAGAAUCGUCUCUGGAGCUUCAGAGAUGAACAGCUCACACUUCAGGGUGUGUGUGCCGACCAGUCUAAGGUAUGUGGGUACCAUCGUUUCCAGCAGGCAGAUUUCAGUCAGAGUGUGCUGGCUGAGCUGAGGAGACUGUUUGAAGCUCGUAGUGAGCUGCUUCAUCAGAAGGUGGCGCUACAUGCAUACACCGCUCUGCUGUCACGCCUACAGGUGGAAUCAUACUUGUAUCAUCUACUGAAAGAUUGUUCUGGUAGCCAAACACAACCAUGUUCUCUCCAACCCCUGAAAGAGGCCAUAAGUGUCCUGUUUAGCUUCACACGUAGAGUCCUUGAUGACACACAGUUCCAGACAGACAUCCAUCACUGGCUGGAGAGACUGGUGGCAGUCCUGCUGCAUGUUGGAGGGUCAGGAGAGCACCUGUACCUGCUGUGCCAUCUUCUCUGCUGUCCUGCUGGGGUUGGAAAGUGGUCUGCACCCUUCCUUCAGAUUCAAGUCUGGGGGAACACCUGUGGAGUUCAGCACUUCAUGCAAGCUCUGGCCAUCCUAAUGUCACCUGCCAGACAUCGUGCAGAGUUUCUGGGCCAUAUGAAACCAUGUGAGAGCCAGAGCUCCACAGCUUCUGGACCUGAGUCCGGUAACUGGACCCUAGUGGAUGAAGGUGGAGAGGAGGAUGAGAAUCCAGAGAGCAGCUGGCUGCUGCUCUGUGAGGAGGAUCUGAUCUCCUUGCUGACCCAGUUCCCCUUCCAGCAGCUCUACUCACAUAUGCUGGGAAUGAGCAAGCAGGGUGUGUAUGAGCCCCAGGCCUGCUCCAGUCAGAAGAUGAUGCGCGUGUUUGCUUUUGCUUCCUCACUCAUCGAAAUUCUCGCUCUCGGCCUACAAACCUACAACAGAGCACGAUACAGACAGCUAGUCAAACGAAUAGGACACAUCAUACGAAUGACAGUGUGUUACGUCAGUGAUCACUGGGCCCAGUAUGUGAGUAUAACUGGUGCCGGUGGAUCCAGCUCUCAUUUGCACUCUCUCUCUUUGGACAAACUGCAGCUGGAAUACGAUCAACUCUUCCUCAGAGCUGUUUUACAUGUACUCAGAAACAAAAGGUUGGGCAUUUGGUUGUUUAUGUCCGAGAUGCCGUAUGGGACUCUGUCGAGUUCAAUGCUGUGGAGAGUCCUUUAUGUUAUGCAGAGCGCAGAAACAGCAGGACUAGAAACACUCAGCACCGCUACUGACACGCACUCCUGUAUUCAGGCCCUCCAAGACCCAGAGCACCAGGAGAGAUUUGAGCAAUGGCUGUGCGAAGUGAACAGCUCUGACGGCAUCUCCCUCCUCACUGCGUUAGCACACAUGGCUACACCCACUCAGCGCUCUGACCCCACCUUCAUCACCACUAUAACGCUGCUGAUUUACCAGGUGUCUUAUGUGAGUGUGUCUACCAGAGAAAUCUACUCAAAAGUAGGGAGGGAGUUGCUGGCUGCCAUAGCAACAGCCCAUCCCUAUGUCAUCUCUGUGCUCCUGGAGAGACUGAGAGAGACCAUACAGACUGUAGGAAUGGUGGCUCUCUACUUGUGUAAAGAGCUGCCUCUGAGUCUGUGGCGGCCGCGGCCUGAGGAAAUAUGUGUCAUCGGAGCCUGGCUGCUCCAGCAUCCUCUGUCUGCUGUGGAGAACAGGCUGGCCUGUGUUAUCCUGGAGGGUCUGAACUGGGGUCACACACAGGAUGGCUCCCUGGCCCUGUCUUCAUCCCUCCACAGUGAAGUGGCUCUGCUGGUGGCUGAAGCCUAUCAAAAGUACCUUACUGACAAACCGUACAGUGGCCUCAUAUCAGAGGGGAUCAAACAGGUGUCUUACCUCGCCAGUGUCCUACGUUUGGGCGUAUCACCUGAAGCAUCCUUUAGUCAAUGGGCGUGGCAACUGUUGCUAAGGCUGAAGCUCCAUGGCAAUGCCCAGAGCCCUAAAGGAGCCUGGUCGGUCCCCGCUUUGGCGUCCAACCCACCCCCGGAACUUACACACUCUCCCAGCAUGCACUCUGUUCUCAGGGCUGUAAAAGCCGGCAUCCCAAUUGGAUGUUAUCUGUCCAUUGCCAUGACAACAGUGGGACACAGCCUGGAACACUUCUGUACUGAUGGAGUUGGGUUGUUUAAGACUCUGAUUCAGUCUCGCCACCUGAAAGCUGCUGUGCACCUGCUGGACAACAUCCUACCCCCAACUUACCCUCUCAGCUUCUACCUGCUCAACAACGCUCAGUUUGUAAGUUGCAUCCAGCUCUUCUUGCAGUAUGACAGUGUGUGUCCUCAAGGUGUGACACAGCAGGUGACUCACCGGGUGGCACCACUCCUUACAGGAACCACCUAUGGAGACAAUGUCCGACUGCUGAACAGUGUCAUUCAGAGUCAUGUGGUGGAGAGUUCGCAGCCCGGUCGUGUCGGAGCUGCAGCGGUGCUGGAGUUUUGGCUGGGAAUUCUAACUCAGCAGAACCUGUGGUACAGAGACAAAACAGUCCUAUUCCUCAUGGAUCAGAUCUGCUGUGCUGCAUUCACACACCACCAGGAGGAAUGUGUGCAGAAACUCCUGUACCAGCAGCAUAAGAAUGCCUUGGGUUACCAUGGAGAUCGUGGUCUGCUCUCCUCCCUGGUUGGCUGGAUUGCUGGAAAUGCCACACCCUCUUUCAUAGAGGGCCAAUCUCUGGGUGCAGAGGUUUGGUUCGCCUGGCUGGUGCUGAAUAUGGAGGGUGUGUUUGAGGAAGACUCUCAGCUGAGACGCUGUGUUGAACACGAGCUCCUGUCAGAGCCAAACAUCUCCCCAGAACAAGCCUUAAAGAAGGCGCAGCAGAGGCUGAAGUUGCCAGUAGCCCCAUCUCUGCAGCGGCUUCAGGUGUACCGCUGGGCAUGUCAGGCUUUAGCCACACCCCCCGACCACCCACUCCUUCCUCUGGUCUGGCAGAAGUUCCUACAGCUCUACCUCAGACAGCCUGGGCCUGAGUAUGGACUGGCUGCAGGAGGAUGCAUAGGGCGAAGGUUCUUCCAGGCUUCAUCCCAGGCCGCUUUACUCAGAGAUCUGAGACAGAGAAUACAGGAGGUGUCAGACUUCCACCAUGCUGCCAGCCAGGCCCUCAGGGUGCCCCCACCACACACACCCUCAUCAGACAGCCAGGGCGACGAAACUCCCGACAAUCCACGUCCCCCGUACCUCACCUCCCCUCAGCUGCACACAGAGCUGGUCCGGUUGUUUGGUGUAUUUGCCGUGUGGUUGGAUGAUGAGACAAUGCAGAAGCAGGAAGUGUACCUUCCCUCUCUUCCUGCAGAGUAUGAACCCCACAGACUGGCACAGGUCAUGCAGCGGCAUCAGGAACUGUGGCUGGAGUAUAUAGACCAGGAGCGUCUGCAGUAUGAUGAGAGGGAGGUUUUGUCUCUGUGGGAGAAGGUGCAGAGCGAGCCAACCUUCCUGCAAGCCCAAAAUCCCAGCUUCACCGACUACACCAACCUCAACAGUGCAAGGGAGCGUAUCCUGUCCAACCUGCAGAAGCAUCCAAUUCCCCGUCCAGCUCCAGAGCUGCAGCAGCUGAAGGCUCCAGUGGCUGAGGUACCUGCUGCCAGCCUCACUGACUUUAAAGCUGCUGCUGAGCUGCUGCAGCAGGACCUCAGUAUUCUGCAAGAUGAGGCCAGGAUUGCAGUAGCACGUGAAGCCCAGCAGGUGGCGCUGGAGCAGGAACUUCUGGAGAGCCUUCCUCUGCUGUACAAGAACAGACCAGAGCAAGUCACCAUGGCCUUGGAAUGUAAAGGGAAGGGAGGGCAGCCAUGCCAGGGACCUGCAAACAUCACUGUCACGUGUGAGCGUGUCCAGAGACAGGAGGCAGUGCAGACUCAAAUAACAUCACUGCGCAGGGACAUCAAGAAACUCCAAACCGACGCCAUGGCUCCUCCACCUCAAAGCCUGGCCCAGGCUGCUGUCCACACUGAGAACUUUAUCACGGCUCUGGUGAACAUGUACAAGGCACAGAAAUCUCCUGCAGUGCAGCAUGUUGGUGUGUCAGCCUUUUACAAAGUGGUCUCCUUUGUGUGUGAGGACACGCUGCGACAUCCCCCAACACGCCAGUACCUCUCCUCCUGUGUGGAGAUACUGGGACAGGUGUUUAUCCAGGGCAACGCAGAAGAGUGUGGCCGUGUCCUGAAGACCAUCCUGGAGCAGCGGCGUCUUUGCCCUCUCAUUUCCCCCUUCUUCACCCCUAACGCAGCACCCACUCAGCUCGUCUUUCUCUACCAAGACGUGGUGACGUCCCUGCACCUCGACAGCGCUGACGUCAUUUUCAUGCUGCUCACUAAGUUUGACUUGUCCCAGUGGUUGAAUGAAACCCAUCCUGUAUUUUCGGAGAGAACCCGUUUGCUGGAGUUGAUCCACGGAGCUCUCUGCGUCUGUGGCCGAGACCCAGAGCCUGAGCUUCUCACGCCAUUUCACCUUUUCACCAAACACUGGACCUGGCUUUUACGCCACCAUUUCCCUGAUCACUACAGUGACUGCCUGCGUCUGCUUAUGACCAGCUCAUCAAACCAGUUACUGAGUCCAGAGUGCUGGAAGGUGACUCUGCGAGUGCUGGGCUGUUUACCUCCAUCCCGCAGCACUAAGAGCAAAACUGAACAAGGCCUCCCCGCAACUGAUGCCCCCAGCCAUGCCGUCAGGCCCCAAGCCUCUCCCUACAGAUCCCCUGUCAGCCUCUCUCCUCAGCAGGUGGAUGAGACAGUCGAUUGGCUGAGUGAUUACUUCCUUCGGAGUCGUCUCAGUAAACCAGACCUCCGCAGCUUCGGCCUUUACUCUGCCUGGACUCCCUACAUCACUGAGGUUGUUUCCUUCUGGGACCAUUUGGUUAGUUGUCUAAUCAGUGUGCAGUUCAGUAGCUGCGCCAGAGAGUCAGUGGGCAGCAGCAAAAUACUGAAAGCUCUGCAGGACCUACACAGUAAGAUUGUGAAGUUGUUUAAGCCUUGGAUCUUUCCUGUGGACACUGAAGAUGGCGGUAACCUCAAGUGUUACCCGUGGCUGGAGACGGAUGCGAGUGCUGCAGGAUGUCUGGUUGGACUGUACGCUCAAUUCACCGACACACUGCAUCACAAAUUCAGAGAUCGUUUGCUCCCUGGUCAGAGGGGAGCUCUCUGGCUAUGUAUGAUGCAGUACUGUGAGAGCUGCACCUCGCCCCGUACACCCGAGUACCUCCUCUACCUGUACCACACACACCUCCGCAGCCUGCCCUGGAGACACCUGCACCCCGACACUCAGCUCAUGGAGCAGCUCUUCAAUGUGGAGAGAGGAAGUCCUAAGAGCUGCUUCCUGUUCAUGGGAGAGGUGUUAUGUGAAGUUAACUGGGUCAGCGUCCUGAGUGACCACUUACAAACACCUCCUGCAUCCACAACAUAUCCAACUUUACCAGACAUAGGUACUCAGAAGGAGUCACACACCAUGUUAGUCUAUCUGCUGUACAUGCUUGUCUUUCUGGCAAAGGAGGAACAGCUUCUGACUCAGCAGGACUCCCCUCUGUUUAGUCUGUUGGUCCAGUCCACCUCUCUGCCCUGGCAUCAACUGGACCUGUCCUCAUACCAAGGCAUUCUGGGAUAUGUCAGCACCCACUACCCUCCCUCUUUGCUGCUCAGUACUGAUUCUGCCCCUCAGCUGUUGCUGAAAUCACUGCGUAGUGCUGCGGGGCUCCACCCCCGCCCCACUGAAGCUCCACACCAAGAAGAGACGCUGAAGGCUGGAGCGUAUGUGUGCUGGUGUGUGCAGUCUUUCGUGACUCUGGAGCAAGGAGGCGGCAUCAGCCUCAGCGGCCUGGAGGCUCAGCUGGAGACACUUCUGGAGAGCAUUGUCACAUUCAACCCACCAGAGACGGGGCUGGAGCAGAGGCACAUGGCGUUCUGCGGUCUCUUCAGCGACGCUCUGGCUCUGCUGAACGGGGUGGGCGUCUCGUCAGGCGAGGCGCUCGCCGUCCAUGUCAUCACCUGGCUGGACAGGAAGGGGAGGGGUUUUCCCAUUCUGCCUCUUCUCACAGCUUGCACCCGCUGUCUCGCGUCGGUGCGGCACAUGACGCGGAUCAUGGAGGCGUGCAUCACAGCGUACUUCAACCACGCUGAGGAGGAGUCUGUAGGUUGGGGUCCUGUGUUGGCAUCACUACAGGUGCCUGAACUCACAGUGGACGACUUCCUCUCCGAGAGCCACUCAGGAGGCAGCUUCCUGACUCUCUACACCUUCAUCCUGCAGCGCCUCAACAGUGAAUACACAGCAGCCAACGAGAGAAGGACUCUGGCUCUAAUUAACACGUGGACCAAUCAAGUUUUCCCCAGUGGUCCAGGGGAUGAAGCCAAGCUGUUUCUCUGGUGGCACAAAGCGCUGAACCUGUCAGCGGAGCAGCUGCAGCCGCAGGCCGGCCAAACUGAAGUGUUGGGAGUCGUCAUGGGUCUGUUGAAGUUACAGUCCAGGCUGCUCCAGCUGGGAGAAGAAAGACUGAACUCUGGGCUGCUGGGAGCUAUAGGCCUGGGGAAGAGGUCUCCUGUUUCUAAUAGGUUCAGGGUGGUGGUACGCAGUCUGGCAGCAUUCCUGUCAGUCCAGGUGGCAUCGGAGACCGAGCUUCGACUCCAACCCACCAGCGACUUGCAGCUCUCUGCAAAAGCACAGCAAACGUUGGGGAUGUUGGAGGCCAUGCCCAGCAAUAAGCAGUACGCUGAGUUAGAGGACUCUGUGAAUAAGGCUGUCCAGUUCAUCCGCUACCCAGGACACUGUCUCAAAGACGCACCCCGACUCCUGUCCCUGCUAGCCAACCUCCUGUACCCCAACCUCAGAUACCUGAACAUUAUCCGUUAACACCGACUGAACCCGACACUCGUGCUAGAGACUGGGAGGAUGAAACACCUCUGUGGCAGUAAACGUCUGUUCUGCACAGACAAAAUCUUGCUGGAGCACAAAGUUUUCCAAGUAGUGACACUGGCACUGAGUUGCUUUUGCUGUCAUAUCAGCAAGAGCUAGGGCUUUGUGUGACAGAAACAGACUGUUCAUCAAAGCUUUUGUGCAUUUAUGAAAAACACCUUUUGACUGAUCAUGUACAAUGAAGUAUCAUAGAACCAAGUCAAGAGCAGAAGACAUGUUAUGUGCUAAACUCGGACCUUUUCUCGCACUUUUCUUUCUUCUCUCAUGUCUAUGCCUUGUUGUUUUUAUAUAACUUGCCUGUUGGGUUUCAACACCAUCUGUUCUAUUCUUGAUUUGAGAGAAUGUUGCACAUAUUUAUUGAAGCAGAAUUCAUGAAUCAGAAUUCAUCUCUGGGCUUUAGGUGUCAGUUUCAUACCCAUAUGUGGAAUCUAACAGAAAAAAAGAAGUUGAGGGGUCCACAAAUUAUUUAGAGGAAGUUGAAGGACAGAUCUAAUAGGCUUAUAACUUUAGUAGUACCUUCUUAAAAUGGGGAGGGGACUCAUACCAGGAAACCUAGGAAGACUGGGUUCAAGGCCCGAUGGAACUACUGGAGGUUCACUCUCGAUGUUAGCAUCAAUCUACAAGCUACAAUCUGACAUUUCUCAAGGUACUGUACACAUACAGAUGAAUAUAAUGACUGAAGUGAUCGUGUUUAGAAACAGAACGUUUGCCAGUAUUAUGUUCAUGUCCAGCCAAAAGUGCUUUGCUUGUUUCUGCCAAAGAGAUGUUAUUUUAAUCUGCUCAGCUACUUAAACCUUCUUGACCACGUACUCUGGUUGUUUCAUCUGUGUCUGUUAGGAACAAAAACUGCAGUCUGAAUAAGCACACGCGCUGGAAGAUACACCAAGUACCACUUACAGUGUGCCACACCACUUGGCUUCCUUAUAAAGUAGUAUGUGCUCUGUAAUACAAUUUGCUAAUGCGGCUGGUAUUACUAAAAGAGCCGGGAUGUAAUGCUGUUGGAGCGUGUCUGUAACUGGACUAACAUAAACAUAUGGUGGCAUUUAAGGAUAAAGGCAGACUGUGAUUCAGAUUUAUCAGACCUUCAGAGUGUACUGUGCAUCAAAAACAGAUUCCACAUUUUUUUAUUUACCCAUGUCAUGUUACCUCUUGUGUUUCUCUGUGCCAUCUCAAUAAUAAUAAUCACACUGCACCUCUGCAGCCUUGAAGCUCA